CCUUAUAUGUAAAGCAAUUUUACUAUCGACUUAUAUUUCCGUAACAACGUCUGAUAGAGUUCAAUUGAACACGUGCAGCGUGCUAAUAGAUACAAUCGAUCAUCUGAUGUCCCGGCGGCCGUGUGUUUGCUGAACAUCCAUCGCCGGCAGUACGACUGUGAUACGUAUAACGUACGCUUCCGUGUGUGCAUUCGUAAAGUUCGCAAUGUUUCAUGCAUGAUUUUUGACUUUUAAGUUUCUUCUGUGCCCACCGAAGUGUUUACAUAGAAUUGGCUCUAAUUGCAAAGCUGUUGGUUCGGCGCAUUAAGAUGAAGGAGGGGGGAUGCAGACACGAGCCGGAUGAUAUUCCGCGGCCGGAUACUUCGAGCAUGACCACGAUGCACACUUACUGCUGUCUGGGAUUAUUGUUAGGGGUGUCACUCAUUGCCGUGUUGGUAGCAGUGAUACUCAUGAAAGACACCACAGUUGAGCUCACAGUACUUCGACAAGUACACGUGCUAAUGUCACAUGGGGAACGAACGCCAAGCGAGUAUGAGCUAUCCAUACUGGGAACCCCACCGCCAGACCACGUUUUCAUUCCGUACGGGGCAGGAGCGCUUACCAAUGAGGGCAAAAUGCUGACUUACGAGAUGAGUGCCUUGCUUAGAAGGAGAUACAAUGAUUUUUUGGGGCCUUAUUACGAAGCUGACAGAGCCCUGGUGAUAUCGUCGGACACUAAGCUAAGUAAGAUGACAGCUCUAUUGAUAUCGGCGGGUCUGUGGCCUCCGUCGCCAAUACAAACGUGGAACGACACAUUAGCCUGGCAGCCAGUGGCGUACACGUACCCGCGAACAAACGACGACUAUCUCCUCUACGAAGACAAUUGUCCGAGAUAUAAUCAAGAGAAACAGAGACUACUAAAAGCGUUCACGGACGAGGGGCUGCUGUUGCCGUACAAAGAUUUCUUUCAUAAAAUCGCUCAACUAACCGGAACAAACUUCAGCACGCCGCAAGAAGCAUUUCAUUUGAAUAACCUAUUUCUGAUUCAGGAGGAUAUCAAAGUGCCUAAUCCGAAAUGGGCGAAACACGUCAAAAAGAAAUUAAUGGAUGUUGCGAGGCUGGAAUUCACUAUGAUGUUUCAUAAUAUUCUACUGAGAAAACUUAGUGGAGGUGCACUUCUACAGCAAAUAAUAAGGGAAGCAAUAUCAAUGACAGUGGAGCCAACAACUCCCAUGGUGAUAGUGCGCAUCGGAACACCCGUGUCAGUGGCAGCCCUGCUCUCUGCGUGUGUAGCGCCGCCGCCCCGCCUUCCCGACCCCGGGGUGGCCCUGCUGUUUGAGCUACACGAAAGAAUACCUUCUAAAGCUGACGAUAAGAUUCACAGUGCUUUACCGGACGGUCAAAAGUUUGGCUUUAAGAUAUACUACUGGGACGACGAUUCCGCCGAGCCAAAACUAAUGGAAGUCCCUGGAUGCAAGCCGUUUUGUCCGCUCGAAACAUUUAGAGAUGUUACUAAGUACGUAGUGUCCACCGAGUACAAGGCAGACUGUGAAAUCGUCUCCUAAUUAUAAGUGUAUUAGAAAAUAAUAAUUGUGACACAAGUGACUGUAGCGUCAGUGGCGCAAUAAGUAGAACCGGUAACUCUCACCACGGUUCGAUUCUCGCCCGUCGCCCGCCAUGUAAGGCAGGCAAAAAGCAUUUAUUUUCUCAAAAUUGAUUCCUUUAGAAUUCCUUUUGCUGUCAUUUCUAAUAUACUAGUUACUACUACUACCGCUUCGGAAACACAUGGCGCUCUGAGAGAGAAGAAGCGGCGCAAGAAACUCUACCAGCAUUCUUUUUUUGCGCUCUUUUUAAUAAAAACACAAUAUUGUACUGUCAUUGCUAUUGCUAUAAAAUAAUCAUAAUCUAGUCCCAAGCUGUCGGAUCACUUAGAUAUUGAGCUGUGGAGUAGUAGGAUUUACGACAGAGCCAUUUUUUAAUAAAACAUUUAAAUUUAUUUAUAGAGAAUGCCUGAACAGUGGCUGGGGCUUUAUUAUAAAAGUGUAUACAUUUACCCUUAAAGCUAUUAUGUAUCUUAUGAAGCCUACUAGAAUGAGUUACAAGCAAUCCCUUAUUUCUAGUGUUAUAAUAAUGAAAAUCACUAUUAAGAGCAAAAAAAUGUACUGACAAUGAACAGUCAUUAUAUAUUUUUUUUUAAUUUUUCUUUGAUAGAAUGUUUGUUGCAAUGUGUUGUCAGUUUUCGAAUUCAUAGAUAGAUUUAUUCAUAUUUAUUCAUAGAUAGAUUAGACGCUUUAUGAGGUGAUACCACUCGUGCUACAAUAGAGUAUGGGCCGCUGUAAUGACAUACCAUCAUCUAUUCCAUAAAAUUCACCAGUUUCACCUGUAUUUUUACCGAUUUACUUGAAAUCGUAUCAAUGAGCUUAAAAAAUGUAGACACACAUACGAUAUUAGAAGAAAAGUUCUAUCGUUGCUGUUACUGACUGCUUGUUAAUAACUAAAAAAGAGCAAAAAUGGAUUUUGUAAUUUUAAUAAACCCGCGGAGUUUUUAUCGCUAUAAGUCGGACUCUACCAUAUUGAAAAAUUAUAUUGUACUUUACACAACUUGCUAUACCAUAAAACAUGCUUUUUUUGAAAUGUUUAGUACUGUGUUUUAUUUAAAGAAGCUGUCGUUAACAAUACUUUUGUAUAACAAAAGCUAUUUAAGUUGGUUGGUAUAUAUGCAUGAUAUUUAAAUGAAAUAUUUAGUUUUUUUUUAAACCAGAGUAAUAUGUUAUUAUUAUAAUUAUGAAUACACACUUAUUUGUGUUAUAAAAGGCUAACUGAAUAAUUAAAAUAUCGGUAGUGUGAUAUAUUCGGUACUGUUUACCUCUUAGUCAUAAAGUAGGUACAAGAGUAAAACUAACAAAAAUAAAUAAUUAUUUUUUUACAAUCGAUUAGCUAUUAAACCACUGAAAGAAUAAUAAUUGUAAUAAUUACUACGAUGACCUUAUAUGAUACAAGAUUUGUUAAGCAACAAUUAUAAAUUAAUCCCUAUAGUGUAAAAUCCCUUAAAAAUUUAAAGCUGAUUAAAUUAAAAACAAAUGAUUGGAAGCUGAAGGAUCGCACCAUCAGUUAGAUUUUAUAAUAUGCAGAAAUAAAAUAAUAAGGGUUCAUAUCGUAUUUGUGUAAACAUCUUUUAUCUACACCCAAGCUUUAAAUCCUCUAUUAAAGAUUCUGAAACAGUUAGCUUAUUGCCAACAUUAAAACACACAAUGUUCUAAUAACUUUACAUCAUCCAAACGAGUGUCUUAAUGUUGUACUGAAUUUCAUAACAAUACUCCUAUGUUUUUUUUUGAUCACUUCAUGCGCAAAGAGUUUCAAUAGACAGCCACAUUCUUAUUGCUCGAUGCGUGAUAUCUGUAUGAAUUUAAAAAAAAGAACAUUUUCGUUUACGCGCGUUCCACACUAUAAGAAGUCGCGCGCCGUAAAAAAAAGUAUGUUAUUCGAAUCCCCGCCAUUUUUAUUGUUUUGUUUACAAAAAAUGAGCGGUUCAUUUUAAGCGCUGCAAAAGAACAUUAUAUUCGAGUGAACUUUAAUUAUUGCACCAUACAAAAUGUAAAUUACUACUAAAAUAAAUAAUUGUUUCAUUAAUACUUACUGCAGUAAGCUAACUGUUUCAGAAUCUUUUAGAGGAUUCAUAUUCUGGGUGUAGAUAAAGUCUUGUAUGCAAAUGUUGAUACUUAGGUAUUAAAACACUCAUGUGGAUUUAUGUGAUAAUAGUAUCACCCCUUAUUACACAACAGUUGCAUAAAUAACUAUUAUAUUACUAUUAUUAUAUUAAUUUUUAAAGUAUUAAAAUUCAUAUAGUAUGUUAUGCUUAAGAGAUAGACAUAUGCCUUCGCGUUUUUUUUUUCGACAAAAACUCCAGCAAAUAUCGCUAUUAUAUAAAAAACUUAACAAAUUAUAUACUUAAACCUUCCUCGAGAACCACGCUAUCCAUUGGUGAAAACGGCAUGUAGAUCGGUGGAGUAGUUUUUGAGUUCAUCACGAAAAAACAGACAGACAAGACGAUUUUAUAAUUUGUAUUAUGUAGUAAUUUCUAUUUUGAGUAACGCUUGCUAUUCGGCUUAAGUAUUUUGUCAAUUUUCUACUCUGUACCUAUUACUAUUCUGUGAAAAUAUACUUGACUUCGACGCCUUAGAAACACUUUAACCUUGAAAAGGAUUAAGGAUUAAUUUUUAUUGAAAAUUAAAUGUAUGGGAAGAAAUUAUGUAAAAAUGUUUGUGAAAUUAUUAUAUUAUU